AUGUCUAAGCAGUUUGUUCGUUCUGCAAAGAACAUGAUGAAGGGCUACUCGUCCACACAAGUGCUUGUGAGAGAUGCUACGGCGAACGACUCGAGGACUCCGUCGAUAGAUACUCUUGAUGAUUUGGCACAGAGAUCUUACGAUUCAGUUGACUUCUUCGAGAUUAUGGAUAUGCUAGACAAGAGACUGAAUGAUAAGGGCAAGUACUGGAGACACGUGGCCAAAUCACUGACAGUUUUGGAUUAUCUUGUUCGCUUUGGUAGUGAGAACUGUGUGCUAUGGUGCAGAGAGAAUUUUUAUGUAAUCAAGACAUUGAGGGAAUUCAGACACGAAAAUGAGUCCGGAUUCGAUGAAGGACAAAUUAUUAGGGUAAAGGCCAAAGAACUAGUCUCUUUGUUGAAUGAUGAGGAAAGGUUACGCGAGGAGAGGUCUAUGAAUACAAGAAACAGAAGAGCCAACAGGGCUACUAGGCCAAGGCCAAGAAGACAAAGAACAAGGAGCAACCCACAUGAUUCUUCUCCUUCUUACCAGGACGAUUUGGAAAAAGCCCUGGAGGAGAGCAGAAUUACUGCUCAAGAAGAUGAGCAACGCAGAAGAGAGUUGGCUCAGUACGACGACGAGGAUCCUGACUUUCAAGCUGCCUUACAACUAAGUAAAGAAGAAGAGGAGUUAAAGCAAUUACAAGAACUACAGAGAUUACAGAAUCAACAACAGUCUCUGUCUCAAAUUCAAGCUCCUUUACAGCAACAACAGCAACAGCCAUCAGCAUACUACGAUAUUUUCGGUAAUCCAAUAUCUCAAGAUGAAUACUUGCAGUAUCAAUACCAACAGGACCAGGAACAAGCAAUGGCGCAACAAAGAUGGUUGGACCAGCAGCAAGAACAACAGCAGCUUGCUGAACAACAGUACUUCCAGCAGCAGCAACAAGCAGCAGCUGCUGCUAAUGCCUUACAACAGCAACAAACUGCCGCCAACAUGCAACAACAACAACAACAACAACAACAGCCCGCUAAUUUUCAACAACCUUUGCCUACAGGUUCCAAUAAUCCAUUUUCCAUGGAUAAUCUUGAAAGACAAAAACAGGAACAACAACAUGCUCAAUUGCAAAGACAGCAGGAAGAAGCUAGACAGCAACAAGAACAAUUGAAGCUACAACAACUACAAAGACAACAGCAAGAAGAAGCUCGAUUGCAACAGGAGAGGCAACAAGAAGAGGCCCAAUUACAACAGCAACAAGCUCAAUUGCUGCAGCAACAAGCUCAGUUCCAGCAGCAACAACCACUGAAGCAAACAAGAACAGGGAAUCAGUCUAUAUCGGAUAAAUACAGCGACUUGAAUACGUUAUUGGGAACUGGCACAGGGAUAGACACUUUUGGUAACACCGGAGAAGCACGUAUUCCUGCCCAGCACACAAAGACAGGCACGUUCAUAAAUUCUCAGGGUACAGGGUAUAAACAGGUUACUAACGAACCCAAGAACAACCCUUUUUUAAGCAACCAAUACACUGGUUUACCAAGCACGAAUAUUGUGCCCACACAAACAGGCUACGGGUUUGGUAACCAACCUCAAAUUUCUCCUACCAAUUCUCCUCAACAAAAUUCUACUAACAUAGACUACUCUCAGCCACAACAGUCACAGCAGCAACCGCAAUAUAUCCAGAGCUACCAACAACAACAACCUCAAUACACCCAAAACUUCCAACAACAACAACAACAACAACCACAAUAUACUCAGAAUUAUCAACAACAACCACAAUACACUCAAAAUUAUGAGCAGAGUUCCUCCCAGUUGCAACAACAACAGCAACAACAACAACAGCAGCAGCAACAGGGAUAUACUCCUGACCAAGGUGUAAGCUUAAUUGACCUUUGA